AUGUUACUGUCAGGCAGAAAUAAAAGUGGGGCCACAUUUAUUCUCCUAGGCUUUUCAGAGUACCCAGAGCUGCAAGUCCCACUCUUCUUGGUUUUUAUGGCCAUUUACAGUGUCAUUGUUGUUGGGAAUCUUGGGAUGAUGAUGGUCAUCAAAAUUAACCCCAAACUACACACUCCCAUGUACUUUUUUCUCAGCCAUCUCUCAUUUGUGGAUUUCUGCUAUUCCUCAACUGUUGCUCCCAAGAUGUUGCUCAACCUGGUUGUCAAUGACAGAACCAUUUCAUUUUGGGGAUGCAUCCUGCAAUUCUUUUUCUUCUGUACCUUUGUGGUAACAGAAUCCUUUUUACUAGCAGUGAUGGCCUAUGACCGCUUUGUGGCCAUUCACAACCCUCUGCUCUACACAGCGGCCAUGUCCCAAAAGCUCUGUGCCAUGCUGGUGGUGGGGUCGUAUGCAUGGGGAAUAGCAUGCUCUCUGAUACUUACAUGCUCUGCUUUAAAAUUAACUUUCCAUGGUUUUAACAUUAUCAAUCACUUCUUCUGUGAGUUCUCCUCUCUCCUCUCCUUGUCUUGCUCUGACACUUCCACCAACCAAUUGCUACUGUUCAUUUUUGCCACCUUCAAUGAAAUCAGCACACUCCUCAUCAUUCUCAUGUCUUAUGUGUUCAUCGUUGUGACCAUCCUCAAGAUGCGUUCAGCCAGUGGACGCCGCAAAGCCUUCUCCACCUGUGCCUCCCACCUGACCGCCAUCACCAUCUUCCAUGGCACCAUCCUCUUCCUCUACUGUGUGCCCAACUCCAAGAACUCCAGACACACGGUCAAAGUGGCCUCAGUCUUUUACACAGUGGUGAUCCCCAUGUUGAAUCCUCUGAUCUACAGUCUGAGAAACAAGGAUGUCAAAGACACCUUCAGUAAGAUAAUGGGCAUGAAAGGCUUUUCUUGUUGA